AAGGCCAAGCGAAGCUUCAUUGCCGAGGAGAGACCUUAAUCUACUCGUCGCAAUUGGUUUGGGGGUUACAGAGCUCACAGCCGGUUAAAUGCGGCGGGGAAAGCGCUUUGCCGGCGGUUCUUCUCUUAGUGUUUCCUGCGGUGGAACCCCGGCCCUACUGCAUUGGGAGAGUUAUCUUCCAUAAUACAAGCACAAGAAUGGCCUUGUGAAUCGUUCUUCCAGGGCAGGGUGAAAUUAAAAUGUAUUUAUUAAUAACACAAAGACCAGCGCGCAGGGAGAGAUCAAGUGUGCUAUGGGAUGCUGUGAUUAAUACCUACGUCAACUGAACACGAGACAUUAAAUGACGCGGCAGUUAGCGUGUCUUUAACAGUUUCAUACUUUGUUCUCACCUCUAAGUGAAUUGGGAUCGCGGCCACAUCCUUCUCUUAUAACUACUCUACUGCUCUCUUCAUCUACUGCUUCCUUCUUUCUCUGUGUCUCCUAUUAUUACAGCAACUGCUUUUCACAAUGCCUAACCGUCUCGGAAUUGGUUCCAUGUCCCUGGGGCGCCCGGGGAUCCAUGAUCUGCCAACCAAGCUGCACCAGGCCUCCCAAUUCGGUUACAAGGGUAUUGAGCUGUUUUUUGACGAUCUUGACCACUUGGCGAAGUUGCUUUAUGAUGGAGAUCAUAUUUCUGCUGCUCACCAUGUACGCCAGCUUUGUGUUUCGCUGGACCUCUCUAUCAUCUGUCUGCAGCCCUUUUGGCACUACGAGGGACUUCUGGACCGCACUGAGCAUGAGCGUCUCCUCACUGAAAAACUUCCCAAGUGGUUUGAGCUCGCACGCAUUCUGGACACAGAUCUCAUCCAGAUUCCAUCUAACUUCCUCCCCGCAGAUGCUGAGACCGGCCAGCCCCGGACCACAGGUGACAUGUCCAUCAUUGUCUCAGAUCUUCAGGAGAUCGCCGAUCUUGGCCUUCAGCAGUCUCCCCCUUUCCGUUUCGUCUACGAAGCCCUAGCAUGGGGUAAUCACAUCAACAAAUGGGAAGACUCCUAUGAAGUUGUAGAGCGGGUCAACCGUCCAAACUUUGGAGUUUGUCUUGACACCUUCAAUAUCGCCGGAAGGGUGUAUGCCGAUCCCACAUCUCCCACAGGGAAGACACCUAAUGCGGAUGUCGAACUCCAAGCGUCUAUAGCACGCCUGCGAUCUCGCAUCGACCUUUCAAAGGUUUUCUAUGUUCAAAUCGUCGAUGGUGAACGCCUAAGUGCUCCUUUGGACGAAUCUCACCCAUUCUAUGUCAAGGGUCAGCCCGCCCGCAUGAACUGGUCGCGUAACGCACGCCUGUUUGCCUUCGAAGAGGACCGUGGUGGAUACUUGCCCGUCUUGGAUGUCGCUAAAGCCUUCUUUGAUAUCGGCUUCGAGGGCUGGGUUUCCCUGGAAUUGUUCAACAGAAGCCUGGCUGAUCCUGAUCCAUCUACGCCUCGCAAUCACGCCAAAAGAGGUUUCGAGUCGUGGAAGAAACUAGUUGCUGCCUUGAAGCUGAAUACCGGCGAUGCUUCCUCGGUGUAUGGUCUUGACGGUACAGUUUCACCAUCGACUUCCGCUUUGCCUGUGCAGCAUCGUCUUUAGCAUCGCUUUCGGCUUCUUUAAGCUUUUUUCUUUCUUUCUUCCACUUCAGGCGUUGGUUUUAACGGGUUUAAUUAUUUGGCAUAUCUGUCCUCUCAUGGCAUCUUCACAGCGUAUGUCCUCUAAGUUGUUUCUUCCUGGCCUUAUGGCCUGUAAUGAUUGUACAUUAUGAUAGAAAUACCCGAAUGGAAACAGUUAGCAGGCCUCCUGUCAAUAACUGCUCAUGUUGCCAUAUAUUCUCCUGAUAAACGCGGGAGAGUGUAAUUCUCAGCUUCCAAAAUAAUAUCUUCCCAACGCAAACUGCUUGAAUUCGACAUGACUUACGUGAGACUGUCACGCUCGAGUUCAAUUUCUCUGGUGAACUUGCCUGCUGGUCAC